GCAUGCACCUCCAUACAAACAGAUUUUCCUGAGUUUUCCUUUUUGGAUGUUAAAUAUUUUACAUUUCGGAAAUUUGUGGGGACUCUAUUUACAACUGCAGAGCGUACCCAAAUUCAUGGCAGAAGUUGUUGGUUUUAGUCUUAAAGAGGCAGGAGCAUUAGGAGCUUUACCUCAUCUAAUGAGAAUGAUCUUUGGUACUGCGUAUGGGUCGAUUGGAGAUUACUUAAAGAAGAAUAAAGUAAUGUCUCCAAAAGCUAUAAGAAAAUCAUUUAUUCUAGCGUCUCAUAUUAUACCUGGGAUAUUGAUGAUAUGUGUCAUUUUUAUGGGUUGCAAUUGGGUGCCGUUAAUAAUUUUACUAACAUUCAGCAUGGCUAUUAAUGGAGCAGCUGUGUUAACUAAUUUACAGAAUCCUCAAGAUCUAGCACCCAACUUUGCAGGUUCUAUUUUCGGAAUUAUUAGUUGUAUAGGAGGUACCACUGGAUUCUUAGUACCUGCGAUUACAGGGGCAUUUAUUCAGAAACAUAUUUGGGAACACUUAAUAAUCGGAGGGGGCCAAGUCAGGAGAGUAAGCCGCAUGAGAAAGGGCGGAGGUAAAUUCCUCACCAACCAGUAAAACCAUAUAAUCCGA